AACCCCUGGGUGUCCUAUUACGAAGACGAAGAACUCAAACAAGAAAUAGAGAUGGACGUGCUACGCACCUAUCAGGAGAUGCCAUUCUUUCAACAAGAGAGUGUGCAGGCAAGCCUCGGCAAGCUACUGUUUGUGUUCUCUAAGGAGUUUGCGGCACUUAGUUACAGACAGGGCAUGCACGAAUUGCUGGCCCCUUUACUGUGGGUCAGGACACACCACACACCUCUCACCGGACUUGGUAUGUUAUAUAUGCCGAUGGUUGUGAAGUUCAAAUGGUAUACAGAGGCAUUCGACGUGAGUAUGCGUUUGGGCUGA